UCGCAUCGUUUCCACACGGCCCCAUUGAGCGAACGUACACGUAAAGUUCGUUUAGGUAGUUUUCUUUAUUACGCUUGCUUUGCUGGGCGUUGUUUAAACUAUAAGCUGCGGGUAUAUUUUCUCUUUUGUGGCACUAUAUUAAAAAAAUUCAGCGAUCAUGUCCAAAGUUGAUGUUCGGCUCCGAAUUCUGUGUAUUCACGGCUAUCGGCAAAGCAGCGCCUCUUUCCGAGAGAAGACUGGAGCUUUGCGAAAACUUUUGAAAAAACAGUAUGAAUUGGUGUACAUUGAUGCGCCACAUGCAGUCCCAACUAGUAACGACAUUGAUUUGCAAGAAAAGACUCCAAGUGUCGGUGAUAAUAAGAGUGGCUGGUGGUUCUCUGAUGUCCAGGAUCACAGCUUUGAUGCCAGGCAAGAGUGUGAGAGCAGCUUUGGAUUGGAGCAGAGUUUGGAGGCUGUGCGGAUGGCUGUGAAGAACCUGGGUCCCUUUGAUGGCAUCCUGGGCUUUAGUCAAGGUGCUGCCUUUGUAGCCAUGCUGUGUUCUUUGCAGGAGCAGAAACUAGAUCCUAUCUUUAACUUCCGGUUUGCCAUCCUGGUUGCUGGUUUCCGCAGUGCCUGUGCCCAGCAUCAGUACUUUUACAAGGGUGUGAAUAUCACGAUGCCCUCGUUACAUGUGUUUGGGCAGGACGAUAAGGUGAUUCCAGAGCAGAUGAGUCGAGAUUUACUGUCCCUUUUCAUAGGAGCUGACAUCCUCACUCACCAAGGUGGACAUUUUGUCCCUGCUGCAUCUGCACACAAGCACAUCUACCAGGAGUUCCUAAAGAGAUUUUAAUAAAAGCAGGACACACGUACAAAAACUACAGCCAAAGUCUUUAUGAAUGUAAUUUAAUAUAAGGAAACCUAAAGUUUGACACAUGUCUAUCACA